AUGUUCUUGACCCGCUCAGAAUACGAUCGUGGUGUGAACACAUUCUCUCCCGAGGGACGUCUAUUCCAAGUCGAGUAUGCCAUUGAAGCUAUCAAGCUCGGAUCUACCACCGUCGGCGUCCGCACACCAGAAGGCGUCGUCCUCGGCGUCGAGAAGCGCGUACAGUCGCCGCUCCUCGAGGCGUCCUCCAUCGAGAAGAUCAUGGAGAUCGACCGCCACCUCGGGUGCGCCAUGUCCGGCCUCACCGCCGACGCGCGCACCAUGAUCGACCACGCGCGCGUCACCGCGCAGAACCACGCAUUCACCUAUGACGAGGCCAUCCGUGUAGAGAGCGCGACCCAGGCAGUCUGUGAUCUCGCGCUGCGCUUCGGAGAGAGUGUGCACGAUGAGGAUGCGAUGAUGAGUCGGCCGUUCGGCGUCGCGCUCCUCAUCGCGGGUAUCGACGAGCAGGGGCCCCAGCUCUUCCACACAGAUCCCUCGGGCACGUUCGUACGGUACGACGCGAAGGCGAUCGGCUCGGGUUCGGAGGCGGCGCAGAGUGAGCUUCAGGACAAGUGGCACAAACAAAUGACCCUCCAAGAGGCACAAGUGCUGACUCUGCGCGUAUUGAAGCAAGUCAUGGAGGAGAAGCUCGACCACCACAAUGUACAACUCGCUCAGGUCACGCCAGGAAAGGGAUUCGAGAUCCUGAACGAGGUGCGGCUAAAAGAGAUCAUCGACGUCAUGUAG